AUGACUACAAUUUUCACACUUUUCCUCCUGUUAACUCUAUCAUCUAGACCUGCCAAUGCAGGAAUUGCGUUUCUCUUCAUGCAGAAGGGAGGAAACUCUAUGGCUUCGAAGGGACCACUAAGGUCUGUGUCUGAAUGUUUAAUAGUUACUUUCAUUUGCUUUUCAGCUAUUGGAAUUGUUAUAGCUCUCAAGUGUUUAUGGGAUAAGAAGAAGAAGAUAAAAGAUCGAUUUUGUCGGGUUGCCAGUGAGAAAAAACUGGAGACUGCUGAAAAAAGUGUGAAGUAUAUUGUGUGA